AUGGCUCCCGGCACCAUAUCCCCCGGUCUGCACCAUGGCAACCAGGACAUCGACCUGACUUCCUCCGCCAUUGAGCACAAGCUCGAGGCCAUUCCCAAUGGCAAGGCUUCCAACGGCACCAAGCCCGCCUACCAGGAGCUCGACGCCUCCAAGCUCAUUUACACCCGUACACAGAACCCGCGCGCCGUCCCCGAUCCUGCCUCCGCCAAUGCUGGCUCCGAGACCAUCGCCACCGACCACAUGGUCGCUGCCACCUGGAAGGUCGGCACUGGCUGGUCUACCCCGGAGCUGAAGCCCUACGGCCCCAUCUCCCUCAUGCCGACUGCCUCCGUCCUGCACUACGCCACCGAAUGCUUCGAGGGUCUCAAGGUCUUCCGCGGAUUCGACGGCAAGCUUCGCCUGUUCCGCCCCGACCGCAACUGCGAGCGUAUGCUCAUGUCUUCCACCCGCAUUGCCCUGCCCUCCUUCCCUCCCGCCGAACUCGAGAAGCUCAUCAUCGCCCUCAUGGCCGUUGACGGCCCCAAGUGGCUGCCCCGCGAGCGCCCUGGAUCUUUCCUCUACCUCCGUCCUACCAUGAUCGGAACCCAGCCCCAGCUCGGCGUUCAGGCACCUUCCGAGGCCAUGCUCUACAUUAUCUGCACCUACAUGCCCGUCAUGGACUCUCCCGUCGGCGGUAUGAAGCUCCACACGAGUCCCGAGGAUAUGGUUCGCGCCUGGGUUGGUGGAUUCGGCUACGCCAAGGUCGGUGCCAAUUACGGCCCGUCUCUGCUGGCUACCGUCGAGGCUCGCAGCCGUGGUUUCGGUCAGAUUCUCUGGCUGUACGGACAGGAGCAAUACUGCACCGAGGCCGGUGCCAGCAACUUCUUCGUUGUGUGGAAGAACAAGGAGACUGGCAGGACGGAGAUUAUUACCGCGCCCCUUGACGACAGAUUGAUUCUCGACGGUGUCACGAGACGCAGUGUCCUCCAGCUCGCCCGCGAGCGCCUUGGCGACAGCGUCGACAUUGUUGAGCGCAGGUACACUAUCGAUGAGGUCAUCCAGGCUCACGAGGAGGGCCGCAUUGUCGAGUCCUUUGCCGCUGGUACUGCUUUCUUCAUCUGCCCCAUCUCUCUGAUCCACCACCGUGGCAAGGACGUCAACAUGGGCAUGGGCGGCGAAGGCGUCGGUGGCGAGUACACUCUCCAGAUCAAGAAUUGGAUGAAGGACAUCAUGUACGGUGGCGAGCAGCAUGAGUGGGGCGUUGUCGUCCAGGAGGAGCAGUAG